UCAUCAAAGCAACGUAAGAUUCGUUAAUAUAUCCUGUCAUCGACGCCCACGUGAUACAACUGACCGCAUCUUAUUUCAGGCUGGCGCAUCAAAAAAGUCUACAGAAAUGGCCCAGGCACAUGUUCGUGGUGUGAUAGAUCCUCCUUGCCCAAGGCAUCCUAAAAGUGAAGCUAUAUUUGUAUGUCUCGAAAACGAAUGCGAGGAAGCACUAGCUUGUCCCGAAUGCAUUGUAGGGGAUGGGGAUCACAAUAAACAUGAAAUAACUUUACUGAAGAAUCACUUGGAUACCUUUAAGAAAAAAAUCACUGACUUUAAAACAAAUACUAGAGAACAAAUACUUGCUCCAUUGAAAGAAAUGGUAGACAAAGUAGCAGACGAGCUAGAAACAUUGGAUCCUGCUUCGUCAACUAUCCUCGAAGAAAUCGACGCAAGGGGAAAACAAAUUAUUGAUCGAACAAACACAUUAGUAACCGAACUUAAAGCAAAAUGUAGCCAAAUCGGAGCUUCCAAUCGACAGAUGAUUGAGCAAUAUCAAAGAAGGCUCUUGGAUAAGAUCACCGAAAUCGAGGCUGAUAUCACUGCGCUUGACAAUUUCCUUUCUGCUGAUUGUAAGGCAGAUAUUGUCAAUGGAGCAAAAACAGCACUAUGCAAGAAGUACCAAGAUUUACCGUAUCCUGACAAUAUCAAAGAAGUCUCUUUCAAAGGCAGCGAGACCCCAGUGAAUAACGUCGCAACACUUUUAGGGAUAAUUGUGAUUGGAAAUGAACAACCAGUGAGGGCAGAAACCGAUACCGAAAAGAUCAAACGCCUAGAGAAUUCCAUCAAAGACAUGGAAAAAACGGGUAAAGAUUAUCAAGCCCAUAUCGAGAAGUUGCAAGACGCAUUACAGAAUGCAAGGAAAGAGUGUCAAGAUCAUCAAGCCCAUAUCGAGAAGUUGCAAGACGAAUUACAGAAUGCAAGGAAAGAGAAAACAGCUGAUGCACACGAAAAGAAAGAAAUGCAGGACUCUAUUGAUGAUUUGAGAGCAAAAUUAGAACAGAAAACAGCUGAUGCACACGAAAAGAAAGAAAUGCAGGACUCUAUUGAUGAUUUGAGAGCAAAAUUAGAACAAAGCAGAAGUGCCAUGCAGCAGUUAACAGAUUGUCAGUCGUGCCAUAAACCAAAGCCGUCUUGUAGAUGUAGGACCUGCCCUAAAUGUCAGUACAAAGGGAAUGACUUCAGAGUAAGUAUUGUGUUUCACAUAAUUUGUUUAGGUAACUAUUAUAUAAUCCGAAUAUGCAUACAAUUUGCCAAGCACACUACUGAUCGUUGA